UGAUGGCCCAUGUUGUCACACAGUUGCAUCAUGCCCAACCUCAGAGUCGACUCUCUCAGCAUUUCCGUCAUCACGCAGCCGUUUGCUCUGCCCUCUGUUCAGCUUCGGUGCUUGACGUCGUCGUCCCCUGUUUCCUUUGCUGUCGCUGACGAGUUUCUCCUUUCCCCCUCCUACUGCUUCGUUCAGUUUCAAUUGCAGGCCUAAAGCUUGCGUCAAUGACUUGGUUGUGACGUUUUUUCUUUGACAGCUUCUCUAGGUAUCCCUGCAAGCUGCAAUUUCGUGGGUUGCUACUCUCCAGGCUGGUUGUCAUCUUGCCUCAUGAUGCCAGGAACAGCAUCUACCGAGUCUAUUUUCGUAUGCUUUCUCCUGUGCAUUGAAUUGAGAUUUUAGAUUUUUAGUUUUCAGAUGAACUGAAAUUUUCUCUAAUAGAUUUGAAGACUGUGAUUCAAAAUUUGAGAUGGUUGGGCGUUUGAAUCAAUUAAGUAGCUUACGUUCUGGUAAAAGCUCUCCUCAGAUGAGUACUCUGAAGUAUCUAGGGGACCCCAGGAAUCAGCUUCAUGCUGCCCGAAAGUACCUUAAAGUACUGGGUUUUUCCUCUCUUCACACAGCUUCAAAUUCCUCUGUUGAACUUCACUCGCAAGAUGAGGAAGUAAUGAUUGCUUUGGGAAGUAAUGUAGGCAUUAGGCUCCAUAACUUAAGAGUUGUUACUAAACUCGGUCCAAAUGAAUUAUUGGCUGCACUCAAACGAAUUGAGAAGGACUUGGGUCGUACUGCUGGUAUAAGGUAUGGUCCAAGGCCAAUUGACUUAGACAUUUUAUUCUAUGGUAAAUAUAAAGUCAGGUCUGAUACUCUCACUAUGCCUCAUGAAAGAAUCUGGGAAGGACCAUUUGUUCUGACCUCUUUGAUGGAUUUACUUGGAUCAGCUAUUGACAAUGAUACAGUUGCUAGCUGGCAUUCACUUUCAGGUCAUUCUGGUGGACUAUCUGCAUUAUGGGAAAAAUUAGGUGGUGAAUCCCUUAUUGGAGAGGAAGGUAUGUAUAGGGUAAUGCCCUUUGCAAAUGGCUUACUUGACUGGUCACAGAGAACACUGGUCAUGGGGAUCCUUAAUUUGACUCCGGAUAGUUUUACCUGAAAAGGAGAAGUAUAAGGCCAGUUGGUUGUGAGUGUGUGUGUGUGUGUAAUUUAACUUUAAAUGCUAAUUUCCUUGAAUGAUUUGCAUAACAUAAUUUAUUUGUGUUCAUUUUCUCAUUAAUUCAUUGAUUUUUUUCUUACAAUUGGUAACUUACAAUCUCAACUUCUAUAUUUUUCAGGGGCAGAAGAUUGAGGCAUCUAUCAGGAAAACAAUGAUCGGAAGAUUCCUCCUUUGAUGGGAGUAUGAAACUAAAUGCAGGUUUUUAAAUUCAGUAAAAAGGAGAGCAAUAGUAGUCCUAUAAUCAUUAGUUGAUGGAGGUGUGGUUUAUCGUGAAGUUUGCUGAACAUUACAUUCUAACCUUCACUUGCUUGAAUAUGGCAUAAUUUGUUACUUAAUUUUACUUCUUUUUGCAUUUGGGUUUUGGGUGGGACAACUCUCUAGAUGGAUAAUGUCAUAACGAAUUUAUGCAUACAAUAAUCACUCUUUUUCUCAUGAAUAUUCUGGUAUCCUUAAAAAAUUAUGCUAAUUCCAUGCAAUGUAAGAGGAUUUAGUGAGGAUUGAGGACACUUUUACUUGAAAUCAUUGACUCAUUUUAUGUGUUAAAUCCACUUGGUAUGAUUUUACCAUUGCACGAAAGACCUUAUUUUCAUUAAAGGUGUUGAACCAACACAUGUUGCAGCCACUGUAGUCAUCUCUUACUAUAGAUUUAUUGCUAGACUUGAUGCCAAUUGCAUGUCUUCCAUUUCUUUCACUUCAUUUUGUUCCUCACUUUCUUUAUUUGUUUCUUUAUUUUGUUUCACUUCUCCUUCACUUGUGGCUGAUUUAAUUUCCUUUUUAAGAUAACAAAGUGAAAUCAAAUAUUGUAAAUAUGAAUUUUUUCCUUUUCUUCUCACAUCUACAACUUUGCAUUGUCCUUUCAUUUUUUAUGACACAUGCAAUGUGACAACUAACUCCGCGAUACCAAACACUGAAGAUGAGGAGGAAUUCAUUUGCUACUUUGCCUACAAAGCUUCUUUCCCACCAUCCACACCCUUCUUUUCUAUAAUUUAGGAGAGUUGUGUGAGUUCACCAGCUUGGUUCUGCAGGCAAUUCUACUGGUCUAAAUGUCUUUCUGCCACAAGUUGAAGGUUGGUGGGAAACUUUGGACCAAGAAGAGAAAUCCAAUGUCAGUGUUAUAGCCAUAUACAAUGUAGCUAAAUAUUAUGUUUUAAUCAAGUUGGAUGAGAGUUCAUCUCCGUUUUUAUUUUCAUGUUUCAAGUAACAAGUUAGCUCUCAUUAAGUGAGGAAGAUGACAUUUCAUGGGUGCUACACAACUGUUUUGUAUAUUUUUCUGUAUAGUGGGUCAUUGAGGAGGGAAUUACUGUUUUGUAUACUUCUUUUCUAUGGAUAUACUGGUGAAUUAUUAAAAUGCAUUUGAUGA